AUGGUGGACUCAGAAGAAGAACUUGAAGAAGCAGACGCUGAUUUCACCAAAAGAUCACAUUUGUCGAUUGAUGAUUUCAAAGAAGAUUGGCAGUUAUCACAAUUUUGGUACAACGACGAUACAGCUAAUACACUUGCUGACGAGCUGCUUGAUGGAGCUGACAACGAAACGAUAAUAUGCAUUGUUAGUGCUCCAUCUGUAUAUGCAGCCAUCAGGGCUCGCGAACCCGAUGAUCUUCCCACAAAGAACAUCUAUUUGCUGGAGUUUGAUCGACGUUUCAAAGUACUUUCUGGAUCUAAAUAUUUCGGAUUUUUUGACUACAAUCAACCUUUGAAUGUUCCUGAACACCUAAAAGGUAGAUGUCAUCGUCUUUUGAUUGACCCACCAUUCUUGGAAAUUGACUGUCAGAGGAAAUCUGCACUUGCAGCGAAGACAUUGUUACAAUCAGACAAAGCCCAAAAAACAAAGCAUAAUGAGCUGAGGUAUAAACUUAUCACUUGUACCGGUGAGCGAAUGGCUGAUGUAGUUACGUCCUACUACCCAGAUGUGCGCAUGACUACUUUCUACCCAGAGCACAAAAAUGGAUUAAGUAAUGAAUUUAGAUGCUACGCCUCAUUUGAGGGUAAAGCAUGGAAAUUCGUAUAG